AUGUCAGAGAUUGAGAAGGCUUUAGUGGAGCUGAAAGCCCUCAUGAAGUAUCGUACUGAGGAGCUUGGCUACGAGGAAGAUUUCCGCGGUUUGGGAUUAACUAGUCGAAAAAAUCUUUGCCUUCAUCCGUCCGUCAAACGAGAAAAGAGUGGCUCUGUGGUGGACGCCCGCUGUAGAAGUCUUACUGCUGGCUUUGUGAAGGAAAAAAAGGACAGAGGUGAGAAGGUGGACGUUUGCGUCUACCAUGAUAAUUUGGAUCUUCUUGAGCCUCACAACCUAAUUCCCAAUGGCGUUUGGACCUUUGACGGAAUUCUGCGGCAUGGAGAGGAACACAAACAGUGUCCGUACUUUACUGCAAGACGAAUGAUGCAAUACUGCAAUGUCGUCAUUUUCUCCUAUCACUAUCUUUUAGAUCCAAAAAUUGCGGAGCGAGUAUCCCGGGAUUUUUCGAAAGACUGCAUUGUCGUAUUUGAUGAAGCUCACAAUAUCGACAAUGUGUGCAUUGAAGCUCUCAGUACUGACAUUACGGAAGACUCGCUACGUAGAGCCAGCAGAGGUGCCCAAAAUCUCGAGCACAAAAUCACUGAAAUGCGGGAUACGGAUCAAGUGCAACUUCAGAAUGAAUACCAAAAAUUAGUCCAGGGUCUACGAGAGGCGGACGAAGCCCGCCAGGAGGAUGCCUUCAUGGUAAAUCCUGCACUGCCAGAAGAUCUGCUUAGAGAAGCCGUCCCUGGAAACAUCAGAAGAGCAGAGCAUUUCGUCGCUUUCCUUAAAAGAUUUAUUGAAUACCUCAAGACAAGAAUGAAAGUACGCCAGGUCAUUUCAGAGACCCCUCCUUCAUUCUUAGCCCAUUUAAAGGAACACACUUUCAUCGAAAAGAAACCCCUAAGAUUCUGCGCUGAGCGCUUGACGUCUCUUGUUCGUACACUCGAGCUUACCAAUAUCGAAGAUUACCAGCCGCUGCAGGAAGUAGCUACUUUUGCGACGCUGGUUGCAACAUACGAGAAAGGUUUCCUCCUUAUUCUUGAACCGUUCGAGUCAGAUACAGCAGAAGUGCCGAACCCUAUUCUGCAUCUUACGUGUCUGGACGCAGCAAUCGCCAUACGUCCAGUUUUCGAGAGAUUCUACUCUGUAAUCAUCACUUCUGGUACAAUUUCCCCUCUGGAAAUGUACCCAAAGAUGCUGGACUUUUCGACCGUGGUUCAAGAGUCAUACAGCAUGACACUUGCAAGGCGAUCAUUCUUACCUAUGAUUGUCACGCGCGGAAGUGAUCAGGCCUCCAUUUCGACUAGUUUUCAAGUCCGCAAUGAACCCAGUGUGGUGCGAAACUACGGGACUCUAUUGAUCGAGUUUGCUAAAAUCACUCCCGACGGCCUAGUUGUGUUCUUUCCGUCCUACCUUUAUAUGGAAUCGAUCAUUAGCAUGUGGCAAGGCAUGGGGAUUUUGGAUGAAGUUUGGAAAUAUAAGCUCAUUUUGGUAGAAACGCCAGACGCUCAGGAAACAUCACUAGCCCUCGAAACCUACCGCACCGCAUGUUGUAAUGGUAGAGGAGCGAUUUUGUUAUGUGUUGCAAGAGGGAAAGUCUCAGAAGGCAUCGACUUCGAUCAUCAGUACGGCCGAACAGUACUUUGCGUUGGGGUCCCUUUCCAAUACACGGAGUCCCGGAUUUUGAAAGCCCGUCUAGAAUUCUUACGAGAAACGUAUCGUAUCAAGGAAAAUGACUUUCUUUCUUUUGAUGCGAUGCGCCACGCUGCUCAAUGCCUCGGCCGUGUUCUACGAGGCAAAGAUGACUAUGGAAUCAUGGUCCUUGCCGACCGCAGAUUUCAGAAAAAGAGAGCCCAAUUGCCCAAAUGGAUCAAUCAAGGUCUUCUGGAUGUCGAUUCCAACCUUAGCAUUGAUAUGGCAGUGAGUAGUGCAAGGAGGUUUCUGAGAACUAUGGCACAGCCCUUUCACGCCAAAGAUCAGGACGGCAUUAGCACUUGGAGCUACGAGGAUCUACAGGAGCAUAAGGAAAAGGUGGAUAUGGAGAAGAUUCGUGAACUCGAGGACACAGCAAAGAAAUCGGGUAUCCAGGAAAAUGAUCCAGUUACUCUCUAUGAACUCGAUGAUCAAGAAUUAGACCAGGAGAUGAUGGAGCUGGACGAUUUCUAA